AUGGCCUCCUCCCUCGCCCCAAACAUCCACAUCUCCUCCCAUCCUUGCCUCCAAGCCAAGAUCUCCCAGCUGCGCUCUCACUCAGCUAACACCCGUGAAACCAGAGGCCUGGUCAGCGAGAUAUCGGCGAUUCUAGGCGUUGAAGCGCUUGCCUCCGGACUGAAAGCAACGAGGUCUGGAACAGAUAAAACCCCCCUGGGAAUCGAAUACGAAACAAAAGACACCAACCCGAAUAACAUCGCCAUCGUCCCCAUCCUCCGCUCAGGUCUGGGCAUGGUGGACGCGAUAAACUCCCUCCUCCCCUCCCCUGUCCCAAUCUACCACCUUGGCCUCUUCCGCGAACGCACCACCCUCCAACCCGUCGAAUACUACAACAAUCUCCCCUACUCGCGUGCGUCGACAACCUCUUCCACCGAGGAACCCAUCAACACAGCUGCCGCGGAACUGGCUAUUCUCGUCGAUCCCGUCAUCGCUACCGGCGCCACCGCUGAGGCGGCUAUACAUCUUCUCCGUGAAUGGGGCGCGAAGCGAGUACUGGUCAUUUCGGUGUUGGGAACUGAGCCGGGGGUGCGUCGUGCGGCGGAGUCGUGGGGGGAAGGCGUUGAGUUGUGGGUUGGGGCUGUCGAUGCCUCGUAUGACGGGAAGGGGAUGAUUGUGCCCGGUUUGGGGGAUAUCGGGGAUAGGUUGUUCAAGGCUAUUGGGAAGUGAUCGGUCGGGUCUGCUAUGUUCUGCAUGAUAUGAAGGAUAUUGUUAUGUUGUAAUGAUGUGAUAUGUCAUGAGAGGUAUCAGGUAAACUGUUUAAUAAUGACCUUGGAU